AUGCUGAGAGCCCACCACAGAAGAAAAAUUAAGAAGAACAUCAUGUCUAAGUACGCCUACUCUACUCCUCCUCCCACCUACCCACCCACCCACCCAUCACCCACUCUACCUACCUACCCACCUACCUAUCUAUCUAAAACUCACCCACCUACCCACCUACCCAAACCCACCCACCCACCUACAUACCCACCUACCUACCUACCUACCCACCCACCCACAUACAUGUACCUACCUACCCACCCACCUUCCUACAUACAAACCCACUUACCUACAUGUUCCUAA